AAUGCCAGCGCCGAGAAAGUGCCACGACUCCACACAGACAUCGACUGACUCCUUAGCCCGGGAUAAGAUUUUUUUUGUUUUUUGCUGGCGUGGUAAGAUAGUUGAAUUCAAGGUAAUCGAUUCUGUUUAAACUCUUGCUGAAGUGAUUCAUUUAACGGAAAUCUGCCGCGAGAAAAGGUCUAGAAGGAAAGGACAUAAGCAAUCAUGGACAUCUACGAUCCUCAGACCCUUGGAAUAGUUGUGUUUGGUGGCUUCAUGGUGUUCUCAGCCAUUGGGAUUGCCCUGGUUUCAACAUUUUCUAUGAAGGAGACCUCAUAUGAAGAAGCUUUAGCCAAGCAGCGCAAGGAGCAAGGAAACACCCAGUCCAGCCAACGUACGGACAAGAAGAAAAAAGACAAGGCAGCUGAAAAGAAAAGCAGAGGAAAAAAAAAAGAAGACAAACCAAACGGGAAGCUUCCAGAGUCUGAGGCCACUCAUGAGGUUCUAGAUGCACCAGCUGAGGCCAAUCCUUCAAUUCCUCCAGUCUCAGAACAAAUAGCCGCUCCCGUUCUUAAAUCAACAGCACCUUCCCAGAAGUCUGUUCAACCAGCUCCUUCUCAGAAGUCAACUUCUCCUACCCCUGCCAAAAAAUCUGCCCCAUCUGGAUCUGCCCAAAAAUCUGCUUCUGUCCCUGCCCAACAGUCUGCAACAUCGGCCCUUGCACAAAAAUCUGUUGUGGUCCAACAGCCUGCUCCACCUGCCCAAGGCCAGAAAUCCUCUCCACAACCCCAACCCCAGAAGUCUUCUUUAACUGCCCCGGCCCAAAAAGCGACCCAGUCCGCCCCGGCCCAAAAAGCGGCCCAGCCCGCCACGGCCCAAAAAGCGGCCCAGCCCACCCCGGCCCAAAAAGCGGCCCAGCCCGCCCCGGCCCAGAAAGCGGCCCAGCCCGCCCCGGCCCAGAAAGCGGCCCAGCCCGCCCCGGCCCAGAAAGCGGCCCAGCCCGCCCCGGCCCAGAAAGCGGCCCAGCCCGCCCCGGCCCAGAAAGCGUCCCAGCCCGCCCCGGCCCAGAAAGCGGCCCAGCCCGCCGCGGCCCAAAAAGCGGCCCAGCCCGCCCCGGCCCCAAAAACGGCCCAAAAAGCGUCCCAGCCCCCCCCGGCCCAAACAGCGCCUCAGCCCACACCGGCCCAGAAAACCUCCCAACCUGCCUCAUCCCAAAAAACCUCUCCACCUGCCUCCAAUCAAAAACCCAGUCCACCUGCCCUGGCCCCGUCCAAAAAGGCUGUAGCAGGUACUAGCACUUCUGCAGUCUCUGCUGUGACCCCUUCCACCCAAGAUGCCCCCCCUGCUCCCUCUCCAAAGGACAAGAAGAAAAAGAAAGCCAAAGGGGAUUCCUCCUCUGUUGAGGUUCUGCCAAAGUCAGUUGCUCCAUUGGAGACCAUGACCAAAAAGGUUCCAGUGAUGGCAGUUCCUCCUGUUGGGACGCCACACGUUACCCCAGCAACUGCUUUGCCAUCCAGAGCUGAAGAAUCCAAACCGGAGGCUCCGGCCAAGAAGAAAGCACGAGGCAAGAAGAAGGCCGAACCAGCGGAGGCUGCAGACCCCGUGGACAGUCCGCUGUACCUGCCGUAUAAGGCUCUGGUCUCCACGGUGAAGAGUAUGGUGUUUAGCGAAGGAGAAGCCCAGCAGCUUAUUGAGAUCCUUUCUGAAAAAGGUGGCACCAUCCAGGACACCUGGCAUAAGGCCACACAGAAGGGUGAUCCGGUAGCCGUGCUGAAGAAACAGCUGGAUGAGCGAGAGAAGCAGCUGGCAGCUGAGCAGGAGGAUGCGGCAUCUGCUAAGACCCGAUUCAGAGAGUUGACUAAGGAACUGUCUGUGGAGAAGUCAAAAGUGACGUCUGUGGAGACCAGGCUGAGCUCUCAGCUAAGCAAGCGCGAGCAGGAAAUAAUCGCUUUGGAGGCGCGCAUGCAGGCCAGUUAUCAAGACCAGCUCGCUGAGACCCAGCAGCUUAAUGCUAAAAUCUUGACUCUCCAGGACCAGCUGGAGAAAGGGCCCAACACUCAGCUGGCCCGUCUGCAGCAGGAGAACUCCAUCCUCAGAGAUGCCCUCAACCAAGCUACCAGUCAGACGGAGAGCAAGCAAAAUGCUGAGUUGGCGAAACUGCGCCAGGACUGCAUUCGACUGAAUAAAGAGCUGACGGAGAAGAACGAGGCCGUGCAGGCUGAGGAGCAGCUCAAGAAAAGUCUGGAAUCUAAAGCAGCCAUGGCAGAAAAGCAACUGGCCCAGCUGCAGGCAAGCCAGGCGAGCAGUGAACAGGCCCUCCAGAAACGGCUGGAGGAAGUCAGCGAGGAGCUCCGACAGACCCAGAGCAGCCGAAACAGCUCGCAGGCGCAGCUGGAAAAAGCUCAACAGGACACCGCUGCUCUGACAGAGGCUCAAGCGCGUGUGGCCGGUGUGGAGGCUGAACUGAAAGAGCGGGCCGAACAGGUGGAGGGUCUACAGAAACAGCUGAAACAGGCACAGGUAGAGCGAGAGCAGCUGAUGGAGGGGAGCCAGAACACCGAACAGAGCCAUAGUUCAGAGUCUUUGAAGGCAGAACUGGAGCAAGCAAGUACCUGCCUGAAGGACAAAGAGAGCAGAAUUUCAACUCUUGAAGAAGAGCUGAGCCAACUUAAAAACACAAUGGCCAGUCAGGUGGAAAACACAGGAGAGCUGCAGCACUUACAGCACAGUCUAAAAGAAAAAGAAGACCAAAUAGCAGCUCUUCAAGAAGAACUUCAACAGGUUAAACAACAAAGUACAGACCUCAACAGACUUGAAAACACAGAAAUGCUGGAACAGCUACAAAACAGUUUGAAAGAAAAGGAGUCUCAGCUAGCUUCACUUAAGGAAGAGAUGAGAGGACAUGAAGAGGAAUAUAACACUAACCUGGCAGACCACACAGCCAAACUGGAGUCACUACAUAACAGCCUAACUGAGAAAGAAACUCUAGAGACGUCACUACAGCAGGAAGUGCAACAGCUCAAGGAAGUAAAUCAGUCACAGGACAAGAGUUAUGAGAAUUUGGAGAAUGUGCUGAGAUCUUUCCAGGCCGAGACCAAAGAAGUUCUUCACUCCCUUUUCCCACACAUCAGUGUAGAGACAGAGCAGACCAAAUGGCUGCAGGACUUUGCUGUAAAAGCACAAGAGGUGUUAAAUCAGAAGCAACAGAGCCAAGAAUCCCAGCAAAGCACAGAGAUGUUGGAGGUAAUGGAGAAACUGCAAGCUGCACAGGAGGGUCAGUGUACACUACAGGCAGAAUGUGAACAGUAUAGAAGCGUACUGGGCGAGACGGAAGGAAUGCUAAAAACCCUUCAGAAGAGCGUGGAAGAGGAAGAGGUGGUAUGGAAAUCCAAGAUAGUGGACUCCGAGGAGCAACUGAGGAUGGCACUCAAAAAGGUGCUAGAAUUGGAAGACUCAACAGAGAGUUUGAGAACAGAGAACCAGAGCACCCAGCAGCUGAAAGAAAAGAUGAUGCUUCUAGAGGCCCAGCUGGAGCAACAGCUGCAGUCUGCUUCCACAGAUAACCUGAGCCAAUCUGAAGAGAUGAUACACUUGAAGCAGCUUUUAUCAGAAUCAGAGAGACAGCGGAGUGCGGCAGAGGAGGAGGCUCGGGUGCAGAGGGAGGAACUUUCACAGGUCAGGCAGCAGCUGAGUGAUGUGACACAGCAAGCUCAGGGAGUGGCCAAGAAUGGGCAGCCAGAGGCAGAGGAGUGUCAGGUUCAAGCUCAGCUUGAGCAGACGUUGAAGAAACUAGAAGAGAUAAAGUCAGCAGGAGACACUGCAUCCAUGGAGGAUGUUCCACAGCUGAAGGAUUGUCUAGAUAAGGAGCGAAAGAUGACCAAAGAUUUGGGCCAAGCAGCCACUAAACUUCAGCAGCUGCUCCGAAACAGUCAGGAACAACUUGCCAAAGAAAAAGAGAAAGUGAGAACCAUGGAGGAGCAACUGCAAGUAAAGGGGAUUAAUGGUGAUGCGGAGCCGAAGGAAGGCACCUCAGUUUAAGAAGGACGACGCUAAUCGUUUUGCCAAAAAUUGCCUUAAGAUGACCAAAAUGAAGCAUUCCAGAACAUUUAUCUUUUUUUGUUGUACUGUAGUCUUGGGAAAACCUUGCACCUUUUGGAGAAGCCUUUAAUGCAACCAUAUUAUUUAGGAGAUGUGCUGGAACAAUUUUUACUUAACAUUCCAUCUAAAGCUUCUGGCUAUGUCAGAAAUUAUUCCUCAACUGCCUUAUAUAUUUUUUGUGUUCCUAUACCUCUCCCCUGACGUCAGUGUUAAAAGGGAAACCGUAUGUGCGUUAAGCGUACAACAACCGAGUGCAAUUACUUGUAAGUGAAUGAAUAUGCGUCAUUAUAUGGUACGUGGAUACAGCGCUUGGAAUGCUCUUUUGCUGGCUGAAACACCACUGUAUACAUUUGAUAAUGAAUAAAAUGCUACGAACCUUGAA